GUGUCCAGACAGAAGGCAGGGAGCGUCAGCCCAGACUGAGAUCCCCAUCUUCCCUCAGGAGGGCGGUGACUUCGGACGGCACAGAAGUGGCUCCCAGGCAGGGCUGGGUUCCAGGGGGACGAGCCUGCUUCUGAAGCGGGGCGUGGACUGGGGCGCAGAAGGGAGUCCCACAGCCAAACGGACGGAUGGCGCCGCUCAGCUGGGGUGACCUCCACCCACCGCGGUCCCCAACUUAGGGACGUCUGGUCACACCUGAAUAAUGCUGUGGAGGCCAGGGAGGCUGGCAAACAUCCGGACACAGGGGCAGGGGCACCACACGAGUGACCUGGCCCGCAGUGUCAGGAGUGCGCGUGCUGAGAACCCCGGCCACCUGAUGGCAUUUUCGUGCAAGCAAAUGCUACCCGCCUGUGUGCGCGCAGGCACCAGCUGAUGGAAAGUCAAAGCGAUUAAAAAUCAGGAGCAUUUGAAAUACAGGCAAACAGAGCGUCAGUGCUUCCUAGACGGCAUGUGGGAAGCCAUUCUCAUCCACCAGGCCCCUCUGCCGUGCCACCCUGCCUGGGAGCCACCUGAGCAUGGCCUGAACCCUCUACAAACUGUCUCACCUUGACAGGACUGACUGAAACCAGCCCUGCAAAAGCUCAUUCUACCACCCUAGAAGUCAAUCUUAAAAUCAAAAGCUACACCCCUGCAGCUGAAGCAGGAGACUGAGGCGAGAAGAUUGUGCAUUCCAGGCCAGACUCAGCAAUGUCGCAAGAUUCCAGCUCAAAAUGAGAAAACCCUCCGCUCACAGGUUGCAGUGGCCCAUGAUAUUUCAUCAGCUCAGGUCCCUGAUUGUAAGCAACAGAAGCUGAGCCUGGCUAAGCGAAAGGAUGAAGGGAACGCCGAAGAGCCAGCCUCAGAAUGCACAGAAGCCAAAACGUUCCGGGCAUCUGGGGUCGCCGGGGACAGAGAGCAUCAAGAAGGUGCACAGAGAUCCGGCUGCUCCCAACAUGGCCGUGGACAUCCUCGCCGUGGCCCCGCUCUGCCAAGUCCCUGACGUCAGCCGAAUCCCGCUGAAGGCAGAGCUGUCUCCAAAGCCGGCCGAACCACUGAAGGCCUUGGUCCCCUCAAAGUCCAAACUCGCCACCAUCGAGGCCAAGAGGAUCAUGUCCGUCCUGGACGAGGCCAUCUCCAAGGUGGAGCUGGUCACCCUGCUGUGGGACGCGGCCAGCCAGCUGGAGGCCCUGGCGGGGGUGCGCGAGGACCUCUUGGGGGCACUGAGGGAGCACGGGGCCCUGUGCCAGGCCCUGCUGGAGGGCGUGGGUGACCUGCAGGAAAAAGCGCGGCGGCUGCAGGAAGAGGAGGAGGAGGCCGAGGAGGCCUGGCUCUGCGACCGCCGCCACUCCAUGGAGCUGCGCAAAGCCAGCCUCCCGCCUCUCACGCAGCAGAUCAGGGACUCCACCAAGAACAUCCUGAGGGUCCUGCUCAGUGACCCCCAGGCCACCAAGCUCCUGCAGAUGCAGGCACUGCGCCGAAGCGUGGGGGCCCAGUGCUUCCUGGAGAGCCUGGUGGAGCUGCGGGGCUUCCUGUUCGAGAAGCUCCUCACCAGCCCCAUGCAGGCACGGGAGAAGGCCCAGUUCCUGCAGGACAUCAGCAGACGGAACCAGAGGAACCAGGAGGCCAUCGAUAUGCUCGAGAAAGAACUAGCGGCGAGGCUGAAGAACAGGGACACGGAGGUGGAGAAGGAGAACUUCGUGAUCCAGGAGCUGAAGAAACACCUGCACCAGGUGCUCAAACUCUCGGAGCACAGCCUGCUGCGCAUGAAGCAGGAUGCAGAGAAGCAGCAGAAGGCCGACUUCCGAGCCUCGCAGGCCAGGAUGGCCAAGACGCAGCAGGAGAUCCUGACGCUGAGCUCGCAAUACCACAGCCUGGUGUCGGAGAACCGCGAGGCAGAGCAGGCGCUGCGCAAGAAAAAAUAUAAAGUGGAGACAGAAAUUGAGAACUGGAUCCAGAAAUACGACACAGAGAUGAGUGAAAAGCAGGAGGAGUUCGAGGACCUUCGGACAGUUCACAAGGAGGAGAAGCAGCAGCUGGAGGAGCUGAGGCGGCGGCACCAGGUGCUGGUUGAGGAGUUCAGCCAGAUCCAGGCCGAGCGCGAGGUCAGCUCCCAGAAGAGGCUGGAGGCAGAGCGCGAGAUGCUGCGCAUGGUGCGGGCGGCCGCGCUCAUCCAGGCCGUGUGGAAGGGCUACCUGGUGCGCUCCAUGCUGCGCUCCAAGAAGAAGCGCGGCAGGGGCAAGAGCACGGGCAAGGGCAAGGGCAAGGGCAGGAAGUGAGCCCUCCCCGCCCAGCGGGGCCCAGGUCAGCAGAGCCCGGGUUCAGGGCUUCCGCGAUGCUUUUCAAAUUAAAAGAAUUCAAAGCUUUGAAUUACAUUCAAGGG